AUUGUGAGAGGAGACGGAUGCAAAGAAAGAGAUCAAAUUCUCAUUCUCAAUCAAUUUGAUUCAUCAUGCCAAGCAGGCUCAGGAAGGCAAUAGGAGCUGUGAAGGACCAGACAAGCAUUAGCCUAGCAAAGGUUACCAAUGCAGCCAAUCUUGAAGUCAUCAUCCUGAAAGCCACAACUCAUGAUAAAAGCCCCAUUGAAGAGCGUUACGUGAAUGAGAUUUUGAACAUAGUCUCCUCUAACAAAUUGUGUGCAUCUGCAUGUGCUCAUUGUAUAGGCAAACGCAUUGGAAAGACCCGCAAUUGGGUUGUUGCCCUCAAAUGUCUCCUCAUUGUCCUUAGAAUCUUUCAAGAUGGUGAUCCAUAUUUUCCUAGGGAAGUCUUCCGUGCAAUGAAAAGGGGUGCCAAAAUUCUCAACCUUUCAGGUUUCAAGGAUGACUCCAAUUCUAGUCCUUGGGAUUACACCGCAUUCGUUAGAUUAUUUGCUUUGUACCUGGACGAACGCUUGGAUUGCUUCCUCACUGGAAAGCUCCAACGGCGAUUCAAGCAUCACAACCGCUUUCACCAGAUGAACCAGGUUAUCAAGACUUCCAAUGAGCCAGGUAUCAAAGACAUGAAACCCAUAAUGGUGCUUGACAGAAUUUCUCACUGGCAAAGGUUAUUGGAUAGAGCCAUUUGCACAAAGCCUACAGGGUCAGCCAGGACCAACCGCUUGGUUCAGAUUUCUGUCUACGCUAUUGUACAAGAAAGCUUUGAUCUUUACAGGGAUAUCUCUGAUGGGCUUGGUGUUGUCUUGGAUAACUUUUUCCAUUUGCCAUUUUGGGCUUGUGCUGAAACAUUCAAUGCUUGCGUUAAAUCCUGCAAGCAGUUUGAUGACUUAUCAGCUUUCUAUUCUUUUUGUGUGAGCAUUGGGAUUGGAAGGUCCUAUGACUACCCGAGAGUGCAAAAGGUCUCUGAAGAACUUAUGGAAACAUUACAUGACUUCUUCAGAGACCAAGCUUUUCUCCCCACAAGUAAAAUUUCAAAGCACCUCCAUUCUCCUCCUCCGCACAUGGAUCUUAAAGGCUCAAGUUCAUCCCAUGAUGAGGGUAGUGAAAGAUCCUGCAGAACACUUGAAAGAUGCGACACACUUGAAAGUUUGUUUGAAACAGAAUCCGAUUUUGGGUCACAAUGUACAUCGUUGGAAGAUCUCAUGACUGCGACCGAUGUUGCCCUUAGUCCUCGGAGAUCACUUGAGGAAGACAUGAAUUCGGAGCAAUCAGACAAUGAUGAGAAAGAAUUGGUAUGUGAUGGUUAUGUUAGUGCAAAUAGUUUUGCUUCUGCCACAUCAUUUCCAUUUCACCAAACAUCAAGGUCGAGUUUGGAUGCUGAAAAUUUUGAUGAAUUGCCGCGGGAACUGCAUCAAAAUGAAACGAAUGGUUGGGAGCAACAAAAUCAAACAAAUGAGUGGGAGCAACACAAUACACAAGCAGUUUCAAAUAAUAUCACCAAAGAGUGUUGGGAGUUAGUUUUGGCAAAGACAGUAACUGCACCUGCUGAAACAUCACCCAAAUUCACAAAUGGGAUGAUUCCAUUUCUCACCUUGUCUGAUCAACCCUUAGUUCCUCAACACAACUACAACCCAUUCCUGGAUGACACAGUGAAUGUUGCUCCAUUUGCAACAACUGGUGAUAAAUUUAUUGAUGUGGCACCAACAUUUAAGGCAACAACAACACAAGCCAACCUUUAUGCUCAGGAUCUUAUUGUACCAACCAUCUCAGAUCAAAGUUCCAGUUCAGUAGCAAAUCCCGAUCUAUUUUUUGGUGACAUGUAUCCAAAUGAGACAACAAAGGAUCCAACUUCUUUAGAGACCAACAUAGCAGUGCCAUCAAUUUUAACAACACCAAGUUUCCAGACUCGAUGCUCUUUUAUGAACGAUUCAUUUCCAACAUUUCAAGUGCACAGGUCAAAUAUUGAUGCCAUAAUGGAAACACCAAUUCUUCCUACUCUUCAGAAUCCUAGCCUAUGUUUUAUUCCCUUACACUUCGAAGAGCAGAACUUUUAUGCUUCAACAAUGCCACCAACAUUUAGUGCAAAGGAUUACAAUGGGACAACAUUGGCAACAUCAGUAGACAAUGAUCUUUUUGGAACAUGGCCUGGUGAAAAUACCAAUGAACAAACUUUAAAUGUAUCAAUGCAAGAGGAUACUUUAUUGCGGCAACAACAACUUUGGUUGGAGCAACAACAGAGUAUCAUAUCAAAGCAUUCGAGUUCAGUUUUCAAAUAAAAAUAAUUGAGCAUUGAAAUUUUGUAAAUAUAUAUAAGUC